AUGGUCACCACCAACGGGGUAGAGAUGGACAUGAAGGGCCACUGCUCUGCCGGGGAACGCAUUCUCACCUCGCUGGUUGUCAGGAUGGCGCUCAUAGAGUGCUUCAGUGACAACUGCAGCAUUUUGGCCCUCGACGAGCCCACAACCAACUUGGAUAAGGAGAGCGUCCAGAGUCUUGAGAAUUCGCUCUGCAAGCUCGUCAACGAGUCGAAUUCGAACUUUCAGCUGAUAAUCAUCACUCACGACGAGAACUUUGCCACCAAGAUGGCCACUCUUUGCUCCUGCGACAAGUACUUCAAGCUUGAGAAGACUGCCACUUACACUCACAUCAGGACAGUUCAGUUUUAA